AUGAGCCAAUCGAACCCCAAACAUCAGGUGGUGGAAUCGUCCGGCUCCGAUGAGCCGCGCCGCGUCCGCAAAACCGUCGAAGUGACCUCAACGCGCUACACCGAAAUCGUCGAACCCUCGGACGGCGCCCAGCCGCCCAACGGUCCGAUGGUGGUGAAGCGCGAGUCCCCGAGCCCCGACCUGUUUACCGCCAGUUUUGCCCGCGUCGACAACGGAAUUGGCGAGUUCCACGACACGGUGGGUCGCGACCAGCGCAAGUUCCGCGAACAGUGCCUGGAAAUGGUCCAGCCGUACGUGGCCCGGAUGGAGCAGGUACUGGGCGAGGUGCGCCGGACCGAUGCGAACGAGCAGUUUGCCAAGCUGGAGGAGGACCGCCUCACCGACAAGGACUCGAUCCGGGACGGGCUGAGCGAGGUGCUGGAAGGGUCCCGCGAGAGGCAGCAGCGGCGGGAGCGGGAGCUGGAGGAAGUUUUGAAACAUUUCUGA